AUGACUGUUCAGCGACAGCCCAAGUACCAAAUUCAGACCUCAAUUGAACUUGAUCCUGUAACCUUCUCCGUCACGGUUAACCAGACGUGGUUUUGUGACGACACGGAUCCUGCAGAACCAGUAAGCCUCACAGCCAGUGGCCGCACAACCUUAGAGGUUGAGUGUCAAGACUUCAACCCAACAACCACAUUCUGCUCAGGCUUCAGUGCCGAUGAGGCAGGCUUCAAGGGGCGCAUCGUCUCGCAAUCCACACUCCCUCCUUAUGUUUUGACCGACCCCUUUCCGACCCACGACAGCUGCACGAUUUCGUCAAUUGUCUCUCCAGCAUGGAGACUGAGUGACUUCGAGACUGUCACAAUCAGCAACGGAACUCUCGGAUCUCUACGCUUUGGGAUCGAGUUCGCACCGGUAGGGUCGCAGGCGACUGACUUCCCGAGUAUAGUGUUCAACAAGGGUGUCGACUUUACGUCUGGUAGAACAGCAUCCAACAUAACUUGGACCAAGUGCCAGUUCGAGUCCAUUGGCGAUGUCGCGUUGGCGCCGACAGGAUGCCAGUUCCGAUAUAAUGGUGAAACUAAGGUGUUCGCGUUAAAGGUGGAAUGGCAGUGCGACGAUCUUGAUGCGAAGAACCCGAACGACUACAAGAUGCUUGCUGCCGGCAGGAAACGCCUGGCUGGCGAAUGUAACUUCCGUGACAUGGUGAAUGGUGGGGCACAGCAAAAAGCCUGUAGACUUCGCAAGACAGAGCGGAAGGACUCGGAGACGUGGAUUCGGGGCAGUGUUUACACUUUUCUAGAUAUGGAAUGUGGAGAUUAG